AUGGCUCCAUCAGUGGAAGAUCCGAGCUCACGCCAGGCUCUUUAUAAUCAUAUUUUAGACCUUGUUAGAAUAAUAGAUGGAGAGAGUGCAACGAUAGAGGAUAAUAAUGGCUGCAUUCAAAUCUUUCUAGACAACCACGAUUCAGACACGCUUCUUAUAAUUAAUCAGAAAAAUCAGAAUCACCAUAGAAUCUACAAUUCCACAACGACAAUAAAGCCAAUCAUAAAUGACAUUGAAUCUAUAGUAUUCGUUAUCAAGCCCAAGGGCGUACUUGUGCUGGAUAGACCAUUUGGUUCUCAGCUUAACUUAAUGAAGAUGCCAGUGACCUCAGAAGCCAACACUAAUGAACUAUCCAUUGACGCGUUGAAGAUGGCAGUUGAUUUUGGGCUUUUGCCGUACUUUGAUUUAAUAUCUUCAGAACGAGGAUCAAGUGUAACCAGGAAAAGAUUAAAUGAUCUAUCGUUAGCAUUGCAAAAUGCACGAUCCGUUCAGAUACCCAAUCUACUCAUAACUACUCAUCCAAAAAUCAAAAGUAUAAUAUCAGGAGAAGUAGUGGUGUCUCAAGACUUGUUUGAUGAUAUCGCGUUUAUAAACGAGUUGACGGCUGUUUCGAAUGACUGGAUCAACCAAAUACAGACCAUAACGAAAAUCGCUCAUUCUCCGUCAGAUAGUAAAUCAUUGGGGGAUGAAAUACAAUUUUGGAACACAGUUGAAUUGGCAUUAGCGUCCAUUGAUAAACAGAUAAAAAGUAACGAGGUCACGACAACGUUAGAAGUCUUGAGCAAAGCACGCAGAUUCCACGUUACAUUGAGCUUUGAAAAUGAUAUUGGGUUAAAAGAAAUGAAAUCAACUGCAGCUUCCUACAAGGGCUUUUUCAGAGAUAUACCACUUGAUGAGCUUUUAAAUGACGAUGAUGCAACUUAUGAAUCAUUUAACUAUGCAGUGUAUGGCUUGUUCUCUCAUAUCAACCAAAAGUUGUCACUCUUAGCAAUUUCGACGGGAGUUGAGAUUAUUCAAUUGUUGCUAGUGGAAAUCAGCCGAAAAUUUCAGGAAUUAGUUUCCAAGAAUGAGAUAAUGUCCCUAGGGUACACGUCGUUCAUUAAUCAUCAAGUUAUUGCGUUAAAGGCUAUCGACUCAAUCAAUGAUAGGUUGAAAUUAACCACAACUGUGCUACGAGAGAUUGCUCGAAAGCGCCAGGAAAAAGUCAAACCAAUUCUUAUUGACAAAACCGAACUAGAUUCACUUGCUUCUAAAUUAGACAAAUUGACCAACUUCCGCGCUAAUCACGAAAACUUGCUAUACAGUGUUGAAAAUUCACUUAGUAGCGAUGAGAAAGCAAAGUGUGUCAAGUGCCUUAUAGAGGCAUAUAACAAGUAUGUCAUCCUGAUUAAUGUCAUUGAUGUAUCUCAUGAAGGCAAGUUGGUCUGGAACAUGCACGAAAACGCUUACACGCAAGUCUUUAAUUCCAUUUUUACCAGCGUUGUAACCAAAAUCAAUACUUUUUUCAACACUGCUGAACUGCUUUCGGACUAUUUGAAUAUAUUUCACCAAUUUUUCCCCAAUUUGGACUCGGCGAAUGUGACCAAUCAAUCUUUCAUGACUCUCCAAGACAAUCACAAGUUGAAAAUUCUUGACCGCGCUAUGCUCGAGAUUCAGUGGGUAAGAGAGGACUUGAACGCAUCCACAUGCCGCGGCUAUGAAGAGAUUAUGCGUAACUUGGGAUUGAUAUCCAAGUUGGAGUUUUACCGCGAGACUCUAAAUGCGCUUUUAGGUACAGAUUGGAAAAAUUAUUCCGUUGGUUCAAAAAUUGACACGUUGACGAAUAAUUUGAUUGCUAGCUUGGAUCCUGAGAAAGUGUUUGUAGAAUGGAACUCCAGUGAUAAAAUCAUGGAUCCAAGAACGAUGGGAGUGGUAAUAAGAUAUUCAAAGCAAGGGAAUGAUAGAUACACUCUAGAACUUAACGCUGAUUUGGAGAAGCUUCAACUGUAUGAUAAAAGGCUAGUUUUGGAAAACUUGGGGUUUAACACGCCCUCAGUGUUGUCUAUCAAGAAGCAAACCGCAUUGUAUCACAUGGCAGUUGAGAUUCAAAACAUAAUUACAAUGAUAAAUAAAGUCUUUGACAUCACAAGUGGCGAACUGAAAAGCCGAAUAUUUGACUUUAUUUCUGGCGAUGUGUACAAACUUAUCCCUUUGACGAAGCAAGUUUCGGAGAUUGAGUGGAUACAUUUAUCGCAGGCAAUUGACUUGGUAAACCAAAAUGAUGCAUUAUUGAUGAGAAGCGAGAGUUUGAUAGAGAUGCGGGCUUUAAAUGGUUUACAAAGAUUGACGCAGCUAUUGACGCACAUUGAUAUCCAAGUCACAAAAGUUCAGAAUCUCUUCAACUUUAUGGCGAAAUGCACUUAUGAGCUUAAAACAGUCUAUUUCGAUUAUACGCAAUUUCUGCAAAUAUUAAGUAAGUUGCAAAGUAAAUUGGACGAGACUAUAUUGGAUGGAAUCACAGCAGCUGAUAGUUUGGUAUCAAUGAUUCGUGACGAAAUUCAAAGCGUCCUAUAUCGAAGAUUGCACGACCAAUUGACAGUAUUCUAUAAUAUGAUCGCGUCAGAGACAUCUGAACAAUCAGAGCAUGAGGAAAAGUAUGUUCCAAAAUUUUCAUCCUUCCCCCACAUGUUAGUAUUCGAUGACGGGAUAAUCGUGUCAACCCCACCAUUGAAGGACGGCAGGAAUCACUUUUUGUCAAUAGUAAACCAAUUUGUAGCCAUUGUGGCCAAACAAGAUAUCCUCAUUGAUGCAAGCCUAAAACAUGCUAUAUCCAUGCUAGAUGAAGUCCAUAAUGAUUCUUCAAAUUUCAUUUUAAAUCUUGUCACCGAAAAAAUUGAUGCGAUUUAUACGGAAGUGGAAAACUAUGUGAAUAAAUGGAAUACGAUACAAAACUUGUUGGACGCAAGCCUUGGGGAGGAGAAAGACUGGAUAUUCUCAGGUGACGAUAUCAACAAUUGGUUUGAGUGUUUACGAGAUAUUUGUGAAUUUGGUAAGGUGUUUGACGAACUGAGGGUUGUCUUUGGUGGAUUGGUGAGGAUUGAAGUAAAACAAGUUCUGUCGAAAAUGUCAGUUCUUUACGAAACUUGCAAAAGAGACUUGUUUGUCGAAUUUGCUGCCAAGUUUUCACACAUUAUCCAGACGUUGGGAAAACAAAUCGCAAAUGCGUGCAAGAGGUUGAACAAGCGCAUAAAUUUUGAUCGUGAUCUUCGUCAAUUCAUUAUUGAAUUGGGAGAGAUCAUCCUGGUUACCAACGAAGUCCAUGAAUGGGAAAGCUCAAUCCUUUUAUUUGCUACGAUUGAGAAGUUUAUGAUGAGACACCGUUUCAAGUUUCCACUAGAUUGGCUUUGCACCACGCAAUUGGAGAGUGAUCUAUCAAAAGUGCAGGCUUUGUUAAGUGAAAAGCGGCGAUUAGUGGAGGAAAACAGAGAGCUUGUCACGUCUGGUGUUAAUUCGGAAUGUAUCGAGACAAACAGAUCAUUGCACGAAUUGAUCAAAGAAUGGGAAAAAGCAAGACCUGUUGAUGGUGAUUUACGGCCGGCAACAGCUCUCCAGUGCUUAAGUGAAUACCAACACAAGCUCAAUGACUUAUACUCCUACGGCAAGUUGCUUAAUGAGGUUGCUAAAGACAUGGGGAUGGAACAACCAUUUACUCAAGAUUUGCUGGAAACGAUGGAAGAUAUUUCUCAUCUCAAGCAAGUUUGGUCGUCAGUGAAUAUAUUAUGGGAGGAUUUGCAACUGAUGAAGCGUACAUUGUGGAAGAACUUUGAUGCACAAACCGUAAACCUGGGGUUGCAUAAAAUUUUGCAAUCAAUAAAAGAACUCCCAUUUAGUAUUCGACAAUAUUCAGCAGUCGAUGAGCUACAAGAAGAAGUAAAGAACAAUUUGAAAGUGCACCCUAAAUUGUUGCAAUUAAGCAAUUCUUCAUUGAAGGAGCGCCAUUGGAAAAAAAUAUUAGACCAGUUGUGUCCAUUGCAAAUAGUUACCGAGCUCACUCUUGGUGCAGUAUGGCACUUGAAGAUAGAUCUCAAUUUGCAAUUGCUUCAAGAUAUUUUGGACCAAGCGCGCGAUGAACGGACAAUUGAAGAUAGUAUUGGCAAAAUUGAAGAAGCUUGGUCUAGUACCUACUUUGAACUAUUCAACUAUGAGAACAAAUGUCGUUUGGUUAAAAACUGGGACGUCAUAUUUGAUCAGUGUGAAGCGAACCUCGAAAUAAUUAGCUCGAUAAAGAAGUCCUUUUACUACGACACGUUUGAAAGGAAAGUAUCGGAAUGGGAACUGAAGUUAAAUACCCUCCAUGCAAUAUUGGAUGCGUGGGUUGAUGUUCAACGAGAAUGGAUUUCUUUAGACGGGGUUCUUGGCAAGGAUAAUAACGAAGUGAGGAAUUUGCUACCGCUUGAACAUUCUCGAUUCCAAAAUCUUAGCUACGAGUUCGUAUCUUUAUUGAAACAAAUCUACAAAUAUGACCUAGUAAUCGACGUCGUAUUAAUUGGGGAUAUACAAGGUCAAAUGAGUCGCUUCUCGGCAAGUUUAAUGAGGAUUCAAAGGUCCUUAGCUGAGUACUUAGAAAAACAACGAGAUUUAUUUCCUCGAUUUUUCUUCCUCGGAGAUGAGGAUUUGCUUGAGGUGAUUGGAUUUUCCAAAGAUAUUACAAGGAUAAAUAAGCAUACAAAGAAGAUGUUCGGAGGUGUUGCAAGAAUCAAUUUUGACGACGCUUCCCAUUCUAUAAUCAGUAUCAGCAGUGAAGAGGGUGAGACUUUAGCCUUGAUUGAGCAUGUUUCUUUGGUAAAGUAUUCUAUGCUUCAUGAAUGGCUCGUUGAACUAGAACUUCAAAUUCAAAACUCAUUGAGGCAUCAAGUGGGUACAAAUUAUGCAUCCUGGAGCAAGUUUAUUGAGACUGGAGCAGAAGAUGAAUUGCUAGAACUUCUAGAGAUGACACCGGGCCAGAUUGCAAAUCUUUUAGUUCAAAUUAUCUUUACGCUGUUGAUUGAAAAGGCUAUCCUGUCUGACAUGAUCGGCAUUGGCUGCCGAGCUGAUCAAUUAAUACAAUUUCACACCAAUUUGCUCAAAAAGUGUAAGCAGGGAAUACUGCGAAUGAAAAUACAAAAUAUCAUCAUCGAGCUUCUACAACAGCAGCAACUUAUACGCAUUCUCCAAAGUGCUAGUGCAGACAACAAGAGGGCUAUAUGGGCAGUUCAGCAAAGGCUUUACUUUGAAGAAAGCACAUUAGAUGUUGUCAUGAAACAAGCUUAUUCCUCGUUUAACUACGGGUUUGAGUAUAUGGGAGUCCCUGAAAAAUUGGCUUACUCGCCAUUGCUCAACCGUUGCUUCUUGAACAUGACACAAGCUUUGUCAAUGCAACUAGGUGGUUCUCCCGUUGGUCCAUCGGGUACAGGAAAGACUGAAUCUGUGAAAGCGCUUGGACAGAAUUUAGGGAAAAUGGUUGUUGUUUUUUGUUGUGAUGAACAGUUUGACUACCUGUCGAUGGGAAGGAUUUUCCAAGGGUUGUGCAAAGUUGGUGUAUGGGGUUGUUUUGACGAGUUUAAUCGAUUAGAUGAGAAAAGUUUGAGUGCAAUAUCUUCUCAAAUUGAGACGAUACAGAAUGGGCUUCAACAUCCGCUAGAGCUGAUUGAGUUAUCUGACCGUUUCUUACAUGUUAACCCCGAGACUGCUUUGUUUGUCACAAUGAAUCCCGGAUACGCUGGCAGGAACGAGUUGCCAGAGAAUUUAAAGAAAUUGUUUAGAAGCUUCCAAAUGGUUAAACCCGACGUUCAAGUCAUAAUUCAAGUAUUAUUAACCUCCAUGACUUUCACCCUAGCUCAAGAUUUGUCCACACUGAUUGCUCAGUUCUUUACUGAAAUUGAACUGAAGGUGUCGAAUCAAAAACACUACGAUUUUGGGUUGAGAGCCAUAAAGACUACGCUUAGCUUGUGCGGAAAGUGGAAGUAUCGAGAGAAUACCAAUUUGGAAGACACAAAAUUGAGCGAGUACGAGAUUGUUAAACGAAGUAUACACCAAACGGUGUUGCCGAAAUUAACUGCUGAUGAUGUUGACAUUUUUAUGAACUUGCAGGAUUGCUGUUUUCCUAAUACAACAAUCUCACUAGGGACAGCGCACUUGACAUCUGAAUUGGAAAAGAUAUGCACUGAUAUGGGCUAUCUGGCCAAUUCGGCUAUAAUUGAGAAAGCUUUGCAGUUGGCAAGCAUUCAAAGCACUAAUCAUGGAAUAAUGUUAAUUGGAGAGUCCGGGUCAGGAAAAACAACUGUUUUGAAAAUGACCAUGAAGGCGUUGAUGGCCCUGGAAGGAGUCGAACACAACUCAAUUGUAAUCAGUCCCAAAGUUUUUUCCAAAGAGCACUUGUAUGGUAAAUUUGAUAGCCUUACCAAGCAAUGGACUGAUGGAUUAUUUACCAGUGUGUUGCGAAGAAUCCAGGAAAACUCGAGGGGUGAAUUGGACAAGAGAACGUGGAUUGUGUUUGAUGGAGACAUUGACCCGGUAUGGGCAGAAAACCUUAAUAGUGUUUUGGAUGAUAAUCGGGUACUCACUUUACCCACGGGGGAGAGGUUGGUUUUGCCCUCGUGUGUAUCCAUUGUGUUUGAAACCACCAACUUGAAUAACGCGACACCUGCAACCAUCAGUAGAUGCGGUAUGAUUUGGUUUGAUAGGUCAUUAGUGACCGUGAACGAUUUAUCUUCAAGGCUUCUUUUCAAACUAGAACAUCAUGGUAUCCGCCUUGAUGAUGAGAGCGUACUCAACAAGCUGCAGUUGUCCGCCUUGACGAAGGAUUUGAUAGAUUGUGUGGUGGAAGUGAUGAUGACGCCUGGUCUAAUAGACCGUCUUGAUACUCAUAGUAAGCAAUUGGAGCAUAUAAUGCACUAUUCGAGUGAAAGAGCUAUCAGUUCUUUAGAAUCAUUAGUCAUUAGCUAUGUUAGAGGAUGCUUACAAAUGACCGUGAACUCUAGAAUUGACUCUGUGAACUGCAAGAGAUAUGCUGGUAAGCUUGUCAUUUUAGCUGUAAUAUGGGCGUUUGCAGGUGAUUGCACUUCUGAGGAAAGAUUUCAGUUUGAACAACAAGUCAAGUCUUUCCCCGACUUUGCCUUCGUUGACUUUCCCAGGGGGAAUAUUUUGGACUAUGAGGUCGGCUACCCAGAAGCAGAUUGGAUCCCUAUUGAGUCGAAGUUAGCACAAUUAAAUUUACAACCACAAGAAAUCACCAACCCUAAUAUUAUUGUGCCCACGGUUGAUACCAUGAAACACGAGGCGUUGAUUUAUUCCAUGAUUCACGAGCACAGAACUUUGAUUUUGUGUGGCCCACCGGGUUCAGGAAAGACCAUGACCUUAUUCAAAGCACUCUCCCAAUCUUCACAAUUUGACAUCCUUUCUCUCAACUUCUCAAAAGAGAGUACUCCUAGAUCGUUGCUCGACUCCAUGGAGAACUUUUGCGAGUACAGGCGUGUCAAUGGUGGGACUACACUCUGCCCCAAAACCAAUGGGAAAUGGGUGGUUGUGUUUUGUGACGAGAUAAACUUACCAGGGCUUGACAAGUUUGGUACACAAACAGUUAUAUCUUUAAUCAGGCAAAUGGUCGAGCAGAAUGGAUUUUGGAGAACAAAAGAUAUGCAAUGGGUCAAUCUUCGUAACAUACAGUUUGUUGGUGCUUGUAAUUCACCCCAAGAUCCUGGCAGGUACGAAUUAAAUCCAAACUUUUUGCGGCAUGUAUGCUUGGUGCAGGUCAACUACCCGGAAAACUCGUCUCUUCUUCGAAUAUAUCAAACAUUAAAUGAGGCAAUUUUCAAAUGUGCCCCGAAUAUCAAACCUUUUGUGAAUCAGAUUACGCGGGCAAGCAUUGAUAUAUACGAGCUUUCAAAGUCGAGGCUAGUGCAAUAUGUUUACUCACCUAGAGAAUUGACCCGAUGGAGUAGAGGUUUGUUCGAAGCAUUAAAGAGUAUGGAAUAUCAGCAUUUGACACAAUUUUUGCGCUUGUGGUUUAAUGAAGGAUUGAGAUUGUUUUUCGAUAGACUAUCAAAUGAAGAAGAUAAGUUAUGGACAUUAGGUUUAUUUCAGAGGGUUGGUGCAGACCAUUUCCCGAAUGUCGAUGUGUACACAUGCUUUAAAGCACCCGUGUUUUUCACCGAUUGGAUGACAUUACGAUAUCAAUCAAUCAAUAGUCAAGAGCUUAAGCAGUUUGUCAAGGAACGAUUGAGAGUUUACAGUGAAGAGGAAAUUGAAUCGGAUUUGGUUUUGCACGAGGAAAUGUUAGAUCACAUAUUGAGGAUCGAUAGAGUUUUAAAGCAGCCACAAGGUCAUUGUAUUCUUGUGGGACCUAGUUCAAGUGGUAGAACCACGCUAUCAAGAUUUGUGGCCUGGAUGAAUGGAAUAAAAGUGGUGCAAUUGGGCGUCAAAGCUGAUUAUAGUAUUGACGACUUCGAUGAAUUUUUGAGGCGCUUGUUGUUGCGUGUGGUGGAUGGAGAAAAAUUGUGCUUGAUAAUCGAUGAAUCGAGCAUAGUCGAAGCUUCUUUUGUAGAAAGAAUGAAUAUUUUGUUGGCGAAUGCAGAAGUGCCGGGAUUAUUUGAAGGGGAUAACCAUGCUACAUUGACAAGUAAAUGUUUGGAAAAAGCCCAGUCACAGGGGUUGUAUCUUGAUACCGACAGUGAGUUAACUCGCUGGUUUACUGGCCAGAUUUCGCAAAACUUGCACGUCAUUUUCACUAUUGGAGAGUCUCGGAAAGGUAAAGGAGACGAAGUUUUAUCAUCACCGGCUUUGUUCAAUAGGUGUGUUUUAAGUUGGAUGGGCGAUUGGUCGAAUAAUAGCUUAAACAGUAUUGCGUCAGUAAAAUUGAGCCAUUUAGUAUUGGAUUCGCCGCCGACUACGGUUACUGGAGAGACAGUAGGUGGUGAUGAAAGCUAUAAAGACCUUGUCAUUGAUUAUUUGUUAUAUGUCCACCAAAAUAUGUCGCACUUGGAAUUUGCUCAUGAAAUGAAAUAUCCAGGCAAGUUUUUGAAACUCAUAGAGACUUUCAUUAGCUUAUGUGAUCGAAAGAGAUCUGAGGCUGAUGAAAGACAGAGACAUGUAAUCAUCGGACUUGAAAAGCUUCAGGAAACUGUAUUGCAAGUAGAAAAGAUGAAGCUGUUCCUCGCUUCUAAAGAGAAAGCCUUGUCAGAAAAGAACAAAGAGGCCAGAGAAAUGUUGAAUCAAAUGCUCGUGGACCAAAACGAGGCUGAAAGAAAGCAAGAAUUUUCCAUAGAAACUCAAGCAGAACUAGAGAGGCAAGAGUCAGACAUUCUUCAUAGACGAGAGACGGUUUUGAAAGAACUUGCGUUAGUUGAGCCAGCUGUUCUAGAAGCACAGCGAGGGGUGCAAAAUAUAAAGAAACAGCACUUAACCGAAAUUAGGAGUAUGUCGAACCCGCCUGCCGCAGUAAAGAUGACUAUGGAAUCAGUCUGCGUUUUGUUAGGAUAUCGUGUGUCAAGUUGGAGAGAUGUGCAAUUGGCAAUAAGAGGAGAUGAUUUUAUUCCAAAUAUCGUCAAUUUCAAUUGUGAGUACCAAUUAGGACCUGAACUUAGGGAAUACAUGGAACAAACUUAUUUGUCAAGAGCUGACUUUACCUUUGAAGUUGCACAUAGGGCUAGUAAGGCUUGUGGUCCGUUGUUGGAAUGGGUUCGAGCACAACUUGCAUACUCUUCCAUAUUAAAAGAGGUUGGUCCAUUACGUGAAGAAGUGAAUGCCUUGGAGCAAAGGACUUCUAAAACUAAAGCUCAUUUGAUUGCCAUAGACCAAAUGAUUACAGAAUUAGAGACAAAGAUUGAGCAAUGCAAAAACAGCUACAGUGAUUUGAUUAGAGAGAGCGAGAAAAUAAAAAUGGAAUCAGAUGAGGUACUGCAAAAGCUUGAGCGAAGCAUUUCACUAGUCGAAAAUCUUGAGAAUGAGAGGGCUAGAUGGAAGGAUUCAAUCAAGUCAUUCGAAUUGGAGAAUGAGCAAUUGGUAGGUACAGCUUUGUUAUGCGCUUCAUUUGUGACUUAUGCAGGAACUUUGGAUGAGAAAGGUCGUGAGUAUUUGCUCAAACUUUGGAAGAAACGUUUAAGUGAAUCAUAUAUUACAUACGAUGAAAGGCUACUGAUUGUUGAUUAUUUAAUGAAGAAAGAUGAAUUCCAACCUUGGUUAGAGUGUGGAUUGUCAGAUGAUGAAUUAAGCAAAGCCAACGUUGCAUUGUUGAGGUUAGUUGAGUAUCCAAUUGUGAUUGAUCCGACUGGAACUAUGGUUGAUCUAAUUGCCAAGUCUUAUCCAGCUAAAAUGAUCACAGUGACAAGUUUCAGCAAUGAAGGCUUUUUAAAUAGCUUAGAAAACUCGUUGCGCUUUGGUGGAGUACUCGUCUUAGAUGACAGUGAGCAGUACAAUCCUAUUGUUAAUGAUUUGUUACGAAAUACAAUCUAUAGGAAUGGUGGAAGAAUGAUGGUCGAACUUGGAGGAAAGCUUGUGGACUUUAACCCUGGUUUCAAAAUGAUUAUGUGCACAAAAGAGCCCGAACUUGAGUUGACUGAUUUUGUACAAUCAAGAGCCAGUAUUAUAAAUUUCUCCAUCACAAAUGGAAGUUUAGAGAAUAGGAUUCUUGAUAAUUCUUUGAAGGUAUCACACCCAGAGUUGGAGAAACAAAGGACCGGGUUAAUUCUUGCAAGGAGCGAGUUAAUUUCACGCUUGCAAAGCCUAGAGGAUGAGUUGCUAAUGUCUUUGAGCGCAAGUACUGAGAAUAUUUUGGUAGAUGACAAGUUACUCGACACCUUGGAAACAUUGAAGAAAAAUAGUUUGGAACUCUCAAAGAGACUUGGAAAUGCAAAGGAUGUCAUGUCAGAAGUAGAUGAAGUGAGAGAAAAAUAUAAAGGAGUGGCCGAUCAAAGUGUGGCUAUUCAUCUGUUAUUGUCUUUGUUCGAGAAGUUUUCGUUGUUUUACAGACUUCCAAUAUCUGGCUUUUUGAAUCUUUGCGUCAAUGUAAUGAAGGAAAACGAUUUGCUGAACCUAGAAGCCAUUGCUUUGCAAAUGUACCGUGAAACGUACGAUGUUGUUUCACCAUCUUUGGCUUAUGAAGAUAAAGUCGCUUUGGCAUUACUAUUGGUGAUUAUGUGGAACGCCAUUCAGAAGGGCAAAGUGUUUAAAGAUGUUGUCAAAUUGAUAAUGCAACACUUGCUCAAUCCCAAUCCUGACAAGGAAUUUCUGAUUGAGUCGAUUCUUUCGAGAGAUCAAGUAGCCGAAAUCAACCAGCCUGAAAGUGAUUUGGAGGGCAUGAUUGCAGGUCCCCUCUCUACCUUGGUUGAACUGGUAAACAAGCCAGAAGCACACCUUCUUGAAUCAUUUGGCCAGUUUUGCAAACCCCUUUUUCAUGAUAUUCCAUUUGAGUCUAGGUACAGUACAGAAUAUUGGCUUGAGAAUGCUCAACUUAUUUUUGCAAUAUCACCCAAUGGCUUUGAUGCAACCUCCAAGAUUGUUGAAGUGGCAGAAAUGCAUAAUCACAAGAUCUUAGUCGUUUCAAUGGGAUCAAAAGAAAGUUCAAAUGCUGCAAAUAAAAGCAUAGAAAGGGCACAAAAGGAACCCAUUUGGGUCAUUAUUCAGAAUGUUCACUUAGCUCCAACUUGGCUAGGACUUUUGAGGUCCACAUUGGCAGAUCACAACUUUUCUCCAGGAUCAAAGUUGCUUUUGACAUGCAAUUCUCACUCUAGAUUGCCUCAGGUACUAAUUUCAAAGAGCAAGGUACUCUACUUUGAAAGAGUAACCUUAUUUCGGAGAACUUUAUUGGAAUCCUUCAUGGUAAUUCCCGACCGUCUAUUGGUGAGUCCAGUUCAUUUGCAUGUCUUUUUAUUGUUGUCUUGGUUUCACGGGUGUGUUUUCGAAAUGUGUCGCUACACUCCAUUUUCCUUCGAAAGCAAAUAUGAAGUUAACGACUCUGAUUUCUAUUGUGGAAUCAGCGUAAUCGAGAAUGCGAUUCAGGCAGCCAAGGGGUGUGCUGAUACAAUUCCUUGGGGAGAGAUAAGGAUCAUGCUUGGUGAAGUUGUUUAUGGUGGGAAGAUCUCCAACCUUGCUGACCAAAAGUAUCUCCAAGACUUAUGCAACCGCAUCUUUACUAGUAAGUCACUUGAGCUGAGUUUCAACUUGAUUGAGAAUGAGCUUACGACCAGAAAUAAGGAAGUAUUGAACAUGCCCGAUACAAAUACAACCCAAGCAUACUUGGAAUGGCUUGAAAAUUUGCCCAACGAGAUUCCCCUCUCAUGGCUUGGGUUGGAAGAAAAUGUCAAGCAGUCUAUGACAAGGAAAAAAAGCGAGGAGGUAACAGAAAAGGUUUUGCUGCUAGUAGAUAAAGUAUAG